AAUUCUCCAAGAUCCGACGAUACUGUGUCGGAAUUCCGAGAGGAGCAUUUCCGAGGGUGCAAGUGUGAGCAGAUGAUUGAGUAGGCGGUGCAACGAAGGCAGAGCUUCCAGUCGCUCGAAGGCGCCACCGCACCGCGCUCGGAUGAGAUCAUCCAGCUCUGCAAUUGUACUUUUCCGGUCGAUCGAGUACGUGUUCAUCGGUUCUCGGGCUGCUGUAAUCUGAUCGAAAACAGCAGCGCGAGCAAAUUGGUUGCGGGGUGUGAUUGGGUGGAAAUCCGUGGGUCGCGGGUCGGGGACAGUAGCGGAAUGGAAUGGAGAUGCUUGCAAUUUGCAGAUUAAAGUAUUAAGUGCUACUUGAUGUGGAAGCCCGAGCGAUCGCGCUAAGUUCUCGCACAGAAUAACGAUGAAAGGCUGGCCCCUCAAGCGUGCUGGGCUCAUUGGCCAGAGGUUCGGAAGUCAGUUAAUGUAAAAGCUGCUCUCCCACGAUUGCCUCGUGCUUGCGGUGGGGAUUCUGUUGCUCGAUGGUGGAGCGAGUUGUUCCUGGUUGCAUGCCAUUCAGGAGUUGAGGUUUUCGAGGAAUGGUGAAUGGUCGGCUCCAAGUGACUGAAGCGGUUGAUUGCUGAUACGUCCGCGGCAUGGGGUCUGCUCUCUCUUCUACGGAUUAUGAAGAAGAUGACACAAAAGGCAGAAAUGAGUCGGUGGACCCCGUCUUGGAGAAGCUUCGAGAUCUCCAUGUUGUUACGCCAAUUUUGAAGACUCCAACAGGGGACAGCAGUCUCACAGACAUACUCCUAAGGCGUACUCCUUCACAGUCAACUUCCGAAGCUUUGGACCCUACAACUACAGCAAAACUGUUCGCUGUAUAUCAAGAAUGGCAGCGAGUUACAGCUGCGAACAUCGCUAAAAAUCAGGAAGAGUUAGGGCACAAGAUUAUCGGUGUAGAAGAGCUGUCUUUGAAGCUUCUCCAGAGGUUGAUGUACGCGGGCCGUGUCAUGGAGUCCAGUGCUGCCCAUUUAAAGUCUGUGCAUGCUCUGCAGGUGGAAGUCACAGAUAUGAAGCGGACUCUGACAGAAACAAUAAGUAACUACGAGAAACUCUGUCAGAAAGUCGAGACUAUGGGGCUACACAAGAGAAAUAUCAAACCAAUGUCAAUCAGUAGUCAGUCGCAGUUUGGAUCACAAGAUGUACGAGCCAAAACUCUCUCUCUGCCACAGUUGACUACUGAAACCUCUUCAGAGCAGAUCUAAGUGCAACUGGUCACUGGAAAUUGUUAAUGUCGACGUUUAGUUCUGGCAGCACGAGUUCCGCGUAAAGACGUCCUUUCCUGAAUCUUAGUCAUUAGUGGUGGAUAGUGACGAAUUGUCUCAUCCAUAGGAUGUAAACCAGCUCGCAUUGGGGUCAACUAGCUCAUAAGAAUCUGAACGGUACCUACAGAGCUCAAGGGUAAUCAUUACUCGGCAUUUGCGAUGGUUAAGACUUCUUCUAUUGUACAGUCCAGCGCUAAGAAAUCUAUUCAUCUGUCCAACGAGGGACCUGUGCACCUGGUACGUAAAUCAGGUUGACUUUUUUUGUGUUAUUAUGUAACGGCUGCAGUUCC